GAUCGCGCCAGUCAUGGGGCUCGCUUAGGUGAGUGAGCGCGUGGUCAUGCACGCCGUGCUGGUGCCCGUUUACCUUCUGCUCGUCACCCCCAUCACGUUGUCCUGGUGGGCCGCCGGAAGCCAGCUGGUAAUGGACCCCCGUCAAAUCUGCAAGAAGACCAAACGACUCCGCGGCAAAAUGGCCGACAUAUGCAACAAGCCGGUGCUGUUGACUCAGAUCUCCCUCGGCGUCGAGCUGGGCCAGAAGGAAUGCCAGUACCAGUUCAGGAACCGACGGUGGAACUGCACGUCGUCGAGGAGGAGCAUUAGGAAGGUGCUCCUGCGAGAUACGAGGGAGACGGGGUUCGUCAACGCCGUGCUGGCGGCGGGGGUGACCUACCAGGUGACCAGAGCGUGCACCACGGGGGAGCUGUUGGGGUGCUCGUGUGACAAGAAGAUGAAGAACAAGAAGAACAAGAAGAGACUGAAAAUGGCUUCGAUGCCGGAGGGGGAGUGGGAGUGGGAGGGCUGUGCGGGUGAGAAUGUGGAUUUUGGGUUAAAGAAAUCAAAAGACUUUUUAGAUACGCGGUAUAGGAAGAGGAGUGAUAUGAAGACUUUAGUCAAACUUCAUAAUUAUGUGGCGGGGAGGCUGGCCAUCAAGAACCACAUGCGCACCGAGUGUAAGUGCCACGGCCUCUCCGGCUCGUGCACCCUCAAGACGUGCUGGCGCAAGAUGCCGUCGUUCCGCGACGUGGGCAACCGCCUCAAGGAGCGCUUCGACGGCGCCGCCAAGGUGAUCGCCGGCAACGACGGCCAGAGCUUCAUGCCCGAGGACGCGUCGAUCAAGCCGCCCAGUAAGAUGGACCUCGUCUACUCCGAGGAGUCGCCGCCCUUCUGUCUGCCCAACAGCACGCUGGGCUCGUUCGGCACGCAGGGGCGCGCCUGCGUGGACACCUCGCUCGCCGAGGAGGGCUGCAGCAUCCUGUGCUGCGGCCGCGGCUACACCAGCCACCAGGUCACCGAGGAGAAGAACUGCAGGUGCAAGUUCCUGUGGUGCUGUGAGGUGAAGUGCGAGAAGUGCAACGAGACGAGGACUGUCAGUACUUGUUCGUGAGGGGCGAGGGUGAUGUACAGACUUGGUGUAUAUACUUGUUGUUGUAUAUAUUUUUGCAGAUUAACGACAAAUGCCUGUUUAUUUA